ACCGAUAAUGGUCGUGAGUUUACAGUGGAAGUAAUUCGUGAAUUACUUACUAUAUGGUCUGAUAUUCACAUUAUUAAUAGGCACCCAAGGUACCCACAGAGUCAAGAGCUUGUAGAAUAUGCGAACGAUAUACUUCAACAAAAAGUAUCUAAAUGGAUAGAAGAUAUGCAAAGAAGAGAUUAG